UUUGACAUUUCUUAUCAAAAAAUAUCAAAAUAAAACAUUUUUACAAAAAAGCGUGCUCCCAAUCUUUUGCGUUCUCCAAAAAUAAAUAAUUAAUUUUCUUUUAUUAUAUUUUUUUAAGAAGGAACUUCUUCUAAUACUCAUCAAUAAUGCGUGAUUUCUUCAAACCAGCUACAAGUGACGAUUCCGACGAUAGUUUAGGAUUGAUCGAAGACGAUGCCGCCUUAGUUAUUGAAAACUUUGCUAGCGAUUCAGAACCAGACUUUCCCAUUAGCGAUGAUGAUGAUUUCAAUCCGGACGAGGAUGAUUCUGAUGACACUAACGACGACGAUGAAGAUGCAACCGCUGCUGCCAACAACGACGACAAACCAAGUGGUUCAACGGCCGUCGAGGAAAUGAAUGAAGAUGAAGAAGAAGACGAGACUGUUCGGGCUAUUAUUGCCGCCAUUAAGAAGCCACGUACUUCACCGCCUGAAAUUAAGUUGGACGACUUUAUUGCCGACAUCACUUUCCAUCCGGAAGAAGAUAUAAUUGCGAUAGCAACUAUAACAGGCGAUGUGCAUCUUUACAAAUACGCCAACGAAGAGAACACACAUUUGAAAACAAUCGAAGUGCAUACGAAAGCUUGUCGUGAUGUUGAAUUCACGGGCGAUGGUAAAUUCCUGAUUACGGGUUCAAAGGACAAGUCUAUUAUGAUCACAGACAUGGAAACGGAAAAACUGAAACAAUUCUAUGAUGGAGCACAUGAAGAUGCUAUCAAUAAAUUACUAGUUAUUGAUGAGAAUAUGUUUUGUAGUGGUGAUGACAGUGGAACAGUUAAGCUAUGGGAUUUAAGGACUAAGGAUGCAGUAUUCUCACUUAAAGAAGUCGAAGACAGUAUUCUUUCAAUGCUAACAAACGAUGCAAAGAAAUUACUUCUUGUUACAAGCGCUGAUGGUUACUUAACAACAUUAAACUUGGCAGCACGCAAACUAUUCGUCCAAUCUGAACCGUAUGAAGAAGAACUCUCUUGUAUGGGAACAUUUCGUGGUGAUUCUAAAUUGAUAGUUGGCACAUCAAAAGGACGUCUCUAUACUUACAAUUGGGGUCAAUUUGGAUAUCAUUCAGAUAUGUUCCCUGGAGUUAAAUCAUCAAUGAGUGUUAUGAUCCCUGUAACCGAUCGAAUUGCAUGUGUAGCUGGCGAAGAAGGUAUUUUGCGUGCCGUUCAUAUAGCUCCAUUUAAAACACUGGGAGUUGUUGGGCAACAUAGUCUUCCUAUUGAAGCUUUGGAUAUAAGUAAUAACGGUCAAUUAUUGGCAUCAACUUCGCACAAUAAUGAUGUUCGCUUCUGGAAUGUAACGUAUUUUGAAGAUUUUGCUGACAUCAAGUAUAAUUCUAAGCACAAUGCACAUAGGGAGAAUCGUCAUAAUCUGCCAUCGUCAAAGUAUACGAAUGCGUCGGACUUUUUCUCUGAUCUAGCAGGUGGAGAUGAUUAGUUUUUUUUUCUUUGUUUGUUUGUUCUCUUUAUCUUGAGAGGCCAAUUAUUAUAAUAGUUAUCAUUGAAAACAAUUUUUUAAUUAGGUCAAAAUUAUAAAUUAACGUUAGCCGAUGAUCAGUUUGUAAAUUAAAGUUGUGAAAAAUUAUCUUUGAAAUUUUAAUUGGUACGCAUAGAAUGAAAAUAUUGUACCAAGUUUGAGCAUGUUUCACAUUUUUAGAAUAACUCGGUAUGCACUAGUAGAUAUUUUAAUGCGUUUAUUUGUUUGCCUGACAAUUAUAUUUUUGAAAUCCUCUUUGCCAUCUUCACUUAUUUACUGAUAAAUGAAGAGUUCACGGGAAAAUUUCCUAUCUGAUGACAUUCUGACUUUUUGAAGAUCAAUUCCAUUCUUUCGCGAGAACGUAACAGAAUUAUUAAUAAGAUUAUAAGGGGAAUCAAUUUUAUAUUUGAGUUUUUUUUCGAAAUUGGUUUAAUUGGACAUACGCUAUUUUCCCGUGUAGAGAUACAAUAUUAUAAAAUCUCGAUUGUGUGUAGGAAAAAGCAUUCACAUUUUUGAGCAUAAACUGCUUUAAUUAAAAUAUUUGUAUAACUCGGAAGUUUUCGCACUGUUUAUAAAACUGAAAUCUUUCAUUCAGUGUGUCUGUUCAGAUAUGAAUGGACAGUUAAAUUCAAAUUCAAAUUUUUAUGCCGGUGUCAAUAUUUUACUGUGGAGCAUUCCCAAGCUUCAAACAAGGGAAACAGUCUCAGGGAUUUUUGAAGAGAUUCAGUAAAGAUUUACGCUUAAUCUUAUCUUAGGCGUAUUAUAUUUCUUCCUUAACUUUUGAUUUUCAAUGAUAGCUGUUAAUUGGCUUCUCAUGGGGGUACCUUAGCAUUUUUAAAUGGAAAUGCAUUAGUGUAAAAUUUUUAAAUCGUGUUUUUUUUACAAUAAAGCUUCAAA